AUGAGUGUUCUAUCAAACGAGCGGCAGUUUGCCGACGACGAAUACCGUACUGGUCGCAGUGACGACAGUAGCCGCAGAGUGCGGGCCACAUCAAGAAUGGAAUCACAACGCCGGUUGUAUUUUAAGAAGCAGAUAGUGAAAGAGUUGUCUCAACAUAAGACUAAAAUAUCUAAGAAGAUAGAAAAUGAAAACAGUUUAAAUAAUGAAACUGAAGGCAAUCGUAUUGUUACACUAUUAGGAAGUCAAUCCUAUUAUGAUCAAAUCCAUGGUUUUCCAUUAGCGAAUACAGUUAACACUAUGGAAAAAGAGUCGCAGGAUGAUCAUGGUAGUACCACCAAAGCUCUAUUAGAAGAUAUUACUGUCAAAGAUCUAACCAAACAAAAUAGUUAUACAGGAAAUAUACAAGUAGAAGAUAAUAUACGAGUUGAUAUUGAAUUUGAGUCGACUGAGAAUACUGAAGGUGUGUCGAAUAAAGAAAAUUCAAGCUAUCUAUUUUUAGAAAAAGAAAACUCUGAUGACGAACAAAUAUCUACCAAUGAACAAAAUCACAAAGAAAAAUCAAUCUCUAUCAGCAGCAAUACGGAAAAAGAGUCACAGAAUGAUCAUGUCAGUACCGCAAACGCUCUAAUAGAAGAUAUUACUAAUAAAGAUCUAAACAAAGAAAAUAGCUAUCCAGAAAAUAAUAUUCAAAUGGAUGUUGACUUUGAGUUGACAUACAAUACUGAAAGACAAUGCAAUAAAGAAAACUCGAGCUACGAAAUUACACAAAAAGAAAACGAUAAUGACGAACUAACUUCUAAAAAUGAACAAAGUGACAAAGAAAAAGAACCUGAACUUAUUUCUUCCUUAACGGAAGUUAUUGCUGAGAGUGACAUGGAAUUGCUGAGGAAGUCUCUUGAAGUAGAUGAAGAUGACGUAGAAUCAGAGAAAAUGAAUAAUUCAAACGAAGUUCAAGUCAAAUCCAAAAAAAAGUACAAGAGAAGCAAACCAAAUAAAAGUUAUGUUGAUUUUCUAUCCGAAGAAGAGGAUUUUGCGUGGGAUUCCUCUUCUUGGGUGGAAAGUGGGGAUGAAUCUUCAUCGGAAGAAAACAAUAAACCUCAAAAAAGGAAAAGAAAAGUAAGAUCAGAAGAUGGUAAAGUGGGUGAAGUAGGAUUGAAAAAAAAGAGAAAGAAUAAACGCAAAGAAGCAAAAACCUUAAGAGAAAAAGGAAAAGAGUAUAUGAAAAAAGACGGAGGUAUUGUAAAUGCAAGAUUACUUAAACCCAAUCCAUGCAUUGGAAAAUCCUGUGGUAACAACUGCAGCAAUGUUUCGGAAGAAAAAAGAAUAAAUAUAUUUGAUUAUUUUUGGGGACUAUCAUCCCAAAGAAAAAAAGAUUGGCUAAUAGGCAUGACUGCUAAAAGUGACAUAAAACGUAAGAGGUCAAAGGAUUCUGCUGUGAGGCACAAUACGUAUUAUUACUAUAUUAACGAUGGUGAAGGCCGACGUAAGGUUUGCAAAAAAUUUCUAGUAGACACUUUGGGUGUUAGCCCAAAAUAUGUUAGUUAUACUUUAGCUAAUGCAUCGUAUGGAUUAUCAAAAGAGGAAGGCAGAGGCAAAACUAUCCCUAAAAAUAAAACACCUCCCUUGGUAAAGGAGUCGGCCAUUAAUUUUAUCAAAAGCUUACCAGCACUACCAUCCCACUACUGUCGUAAAGACAGUACCAGAUUAUAUCUUCCCACUGAACUUAAAAACAUAAAAAACCUUUAUAGGAUUUAUAAAGAGUCAAAAACAUCAGAAGGUAUAGACGUUGUUGGUGAAAAAAUAUUUCGUGAGAUUUUCAAAAAGGAGUUCAAUAUUGGCUUCCACGUCCCGAAGAAGGAUAAAUGUGUAAAAUGUUUACAUUUUGAAAAUCAGAAUGAAAAAGAAAAUUCUGAAAUGAUAAGUCAUUUAAAAGAAAAAAAGUCAUCAAAAGACAGAUUAGAUUUUCACCGUAAGCUAAGCAAGAAGAAUAAAACAAUGAUUUGUACUUCUUUUGAUCUCCAAAAGGUAUUGAAUACCCCACAUGGAGAGAAUAUGUUACUUUUUUAUUCUAGAAAAUAUGCAGUGUACAACCUUUGUUUUUACGAAAGUGGUACCAGAAAUGGCUUUUGUUAUACGUGGGGAGAAACCGAAGGCAAAAGAGGCGGCAAUGAAAUAGCUACAAUAUUACAAAAGUAUAUUGCUGAAGUGGAUUCACGUGGUUCAGUAACAAAUUUAAUUCUAUAUUCAGACUCAUGCCCGGGGCAGAACAAAAACAAAUUAGUUUUAGCCGCCCUACAUAACGCACUACUUCAAACGAAACAUAUUGAAACGAUACAAAUAAAUUAUCUGCUACCAGGGCAUACAGAAAUGACUGUCGAUAGCAUACACGCAACUAUCGAAAAUUCUGUUAGGAAUAAUACAAUAUGGGCACCAUCACAGUGGCCAACUGUUUUUCAGUUGGCUCGUAGAGAGCCCGCCCCAUAUUACGUAAAAACUCUUACUCACAACGAUUUCAUGAAUUAUGAAGAGUUUUCUGAAAAAUAUUUCAAAGGUAAUUUAACUGGUAAGAUAAGUAAGAUUCGGGUAGCAACAUUUAAAAAAUCGUCACCCAAUGUCAUGACUGUUAAAUACAGCAUGGAUGAAAAUGCAGAGACCGAUUCUAUAGCCAUAAUUUCGAGACCAAAGGUAGUACAGAGGAAGUACAAAGUAUCUUUGCCAAUAACUACGGUGAAGUACAAAGAUCUUAAAAAGCUGUGUGAUACAGGGGUUAUUCCCAAAAUUUUUCACCCAGAAUACACUAACUUUCCACACCGCGUUGGUAAAGAUGUUUUGAUAGAUACAGAUAUUGAGGAUGAGAUAGAAUGA